AUGGCAGCCCUACAGGAGAAGAAGUCGUGCAGCCAGCGCAUGGCCGAAUUCCGGCACUACUGUUGGAACUCGGACACAGGGCAGAUGCUGGGUCGCACCCCAGCCCGGUGGGUGUGGAUCAGCCUCUACUACGCAGCCUUCUAUGUGGUCAUGACGGGACUCUUCGCCUUGUGCAUCUAUGUGCUGAUGCAGACCAUCGACCCCUACACCCCAGACUACCAAGACCAGUUGAAGUCACCGGGGGUAACCUUGAGACCUGAUGUGUACGGAGACAGAGGGCUGAAGAUUUCCUACAACGUCUCUGAAAACACCUCCUGGGCUGGCCUCACAGACAUCCUCCACAGUUUCUUAGCAGGCUACACCCCAGCAUCCCAGCAGGACAGCAUCAACUGUACCUCUGAAAAGUACUUCUUCCAGGAGAGCUUUGCAGCUCCAAACCACACCAAGUUCUCCUGCAAAUUCACUGCAAACAUGCUGCAGAACUGCUCGGGCUUGGUGGACCCCAGCUUCGGCUUCGAGGAGGGAAAGCCCUGCUUCAUUAUUAAAAUGAACAGGAUUGUCAAGUUCCUGCCCAGCAACAACACAGCCCCUCGAGUGGACUGCACCUUCCAGGAUGAUCACCGACAUCCCCAGAAGUACACUGAGCCCCUGCAGGUCGAGUACUACCCACCCAAUGGUACCUUCAGCCUCCACUACUUCCCCUACUACGGCAAGAAAGCCCAGCCCCAUUACAGUAACCCUCUGGUGGCAGCAAAGCUUCUCAACGUCCCCAAGAACACAGAAGUCCUCAUCGUGUGCAAGAUCCUGGCAGACCAUGUGACCUUCGACAAUCCCCAUGACCCGUAUGAAGGGAAAGUGGAGUUCAAGCUUACAAUACAGAAGUAA